CUGGGGAUGGAGCUCACAACCUCACACCAGCUAGGCAGGUGCUGUACCACUGAGCUAUAUUCCUGGCCCCUUGGUCCUGGUUUCUUACCUGGGAAAAUCAUUAUGGCAUGAGGGGCAGUUUGGUGGUUUGGAGGCAGGCUCCAGUACUGGUGUGCAGUGAUUUGCUCCUGCUUGGGUGAGGGGUGACUUCAUUACGGGUUGGUUCAUGAGGCUCCCCAUUUUCUGGAAACUGCAGGAUGGUUGCAGGUUUAGGACAGUGUCUGGAGACUGCUAGGCAUUGCUCCAGAGGGUCUGGAAUAGGACGUUAUAAAAGCUGGUAAUUGGGUGUACUCACAAAUCCUGAAAAUUGCUUUUGCUCUUGGUGCCUUCAGUCUUGAAGGGCAAUAAGACAGGCUAGAUAAAUCUAGGGCCAAUAAACCUGUGUUGCAGACAUUCCUGAAAGUGAUUAGCAUAACUGCAUGAAGCUCUGAGCAGAGAUUUGACCCAAAGUUUUUAGAUAAUAAAGGCAACCAAAAAAAAAGACAAGGGGCUGGGGAUUUAGCUCAGUGGCAUAAGCGCCUGCCUUGCAAGCAGACAGUCAUGAGUUCAAUCCCCGGUACUGAUAAAAAGGAAAACGACCUAAAAAAAAAAAAAAGACAAAUGUUAGCUACCCUCUGAGUGCCUGCAGGUCCAGCCUCUGUGUCCAUUACACAGUUAGAGCCCUGGGUCCUGGGGGAGCCCAGCUUAAAAUGGAUAAAUGGUGGGUAUUGUUUGAAAGAGGGCAUAACAUGGCACAUGCCUGGCACACACUUGGGGAAACGGUCUUUGAAGAGCAGACAGUUUGCAAGUGGUAUGCCUCCUCUUUUAGGGUUCAUUCCAGCAGGCAACUCAUUAAUUAGGCACCCCCUUGGAAGCAGGAAGAAGCCAGCUGGGUGCUCUGCCAUUACACCUUUUCUCACCCCUCACCGAGGAUCUGGAGUGUUUUUAGUCCACUUUCCAGUCUCUGGAUGCAAUACCCAACACCCAGAACUUAAAGAGGGGGGAGUUUUAACUUGGAGCACAGUUCCAGGGAAUCCAGUCUGUGGCUGGCCAGUUCCAAGGCAGAAACAUGGGGUAACGUACUUACUCCAUGGUGGUUGAGAAGUAGAUCAGGAGAACGAGCCAGAGUUUUGGGGAUUUUGGGGAUGGAACCCAGGGCCUCGUGCAUGCUAGGCUACACUCCCAGUCACAAUCAAAGCAAAAGAGAAAUGUUGGCACAAGACUUGGUGGUCUGCCGGUGGACCCAGAUGUAUUCUGUGCACUCCUGUGUUUCAGGGGAGACGAUGGCUGGGGUGGGGGGACAGACGGUAUAAUUCUCCAGAGCCCAUACUGGUCAAGUGUACAUGCUUAGAGGGCGAAUGAUCACGGUAAGGAUGGCCCUGACCCGUCCUUCCUCUCUUGACCCACACACUGAUUUUCACUGCACUGCUUGCCAUGGGGAGUAAAGGUAAUGUUUCACUUUGUUUUUAAGGGUUUCACUUAUUACCCCCCCCAACACCCCCGCCAAAAAAAACCUGCCACACAGCACUGUGCUUUUUUCCUGUUUGAUGACUCGGCAGUUGCUGUGCCCAGUUGGACUUCAGUGGUCUAGGCAAAAAUCAUCUGCGGCGCGGGGUCCCACAUGGAACAGCUUUUGUCCCGAGUCAGACAUAAAAUCUGUGCCCUUACUGAAUUCGGUCUGCAAGUUUUGGAACAAAGCCAGCGUCGUAUUCUAAGCCACACCGCAUUGGGCUUUUUGGAGCUGCAUAAACUCGAGAAAUCUGGCUGCGUGGCUGAGUCCUCAACCCUUCUGUCCUGCGUACAGGCUGUAACAGGAGAUGUGCCAGGCAGGGCCGGCCAGCCAGAGAGCCCUUCCUGCUUUGGAAAGGCAGCCGGUUGAUCCUGAGAGCCUGCAGACUUCUUCUCCACCACGCCCCAGCUCCAGCCCCUUCUCCCCCACCUUCACGCUGGAGGGUCCUCACCCCUCUGGCUGGAAGCCUGGAGCCUCGGGCUCCGCCCCCUUUCGCAGGCCUCCGCCCUUUUCUUCCAUUGUCACAGCUCCGCCCAGCUGGGCACACCCGCUGAGGGAAGUUCCUCUGCUCCCUCCCAACUCAUUCUGGGGCCAAGCUGGCCGAGAUGGACCCUGGAGGAGCCAGGGUCCUCGCAGCUGGGCCCCACAGCCCCUCCCUAAGAAUGUGGGCCUCGAAGGCUGGCAUCUCGAGGUACUCUGUGCCACCCUCCAUCAGCAGCAGGACCUGGGCCACCAUGAACGAGACUCGCGGGAGCAGCGGCAGCAGCAGUGGCAGCGAGGGCUCCAAGGACAGUUCGCGAUGUUCCACCCCUGGCCUGGACCCCGAGCGCCACGAGAGGCUGCGGGAGAAGAUGCGGCGGAGGAUGGAAGCUGGCGACAAAUGGUUCUCCCUGGAAUUCUUCCCUCCCCGGACCGCGGAGGGAGCAGCCAAUCUCCUCGCCAUGUUUGACGAGAUGGCAGCAGGUGGCCCCCUCUUCAUAGAUGUGACCUGGCACCCAGCAGGGAACCCCGGCUCGGAUAAAGAAACAUCCUCCAUGAUGAUCGCCAGCACGGCUGUGAACUACUGUGGCCUGGAGACCAUGCUGCACAUGAGCUGCUGCCAGCAGAGCCCGGAGGAGAUCACAGGUCACCUGAACAAAGCCAAGCAGCUGGGCAUCAAGAACAUCUUGGCGCUGCGGGGAGACCCCACAGGUGACCAGUGGGACGCAGAGGACGGAGCCUUCGACUAUGCCACGGACAUGGUGAAGCACAUCCGAAGAGAGUUUGGUGACUACUUCGACAUCUGUGUGGCAGGUUACCCCAAAGGCCACCCCGAGGCCGGGAGCUUUGAGGAGGACCUCAGGCACCUGAAGGAAAAGGUGUCUGCAGGCGCUGACUUCAUCAUUACCCAGCUCUUCUUCGAGGCCGACACCUUCCUGCACUUCGUGAAGGCCUGCAAGGAGAUCGGCAUCACCUGCCCCAUCCUCCCCGGGAUCUUCCCCAUCCAGAGUUACUCCUCCAUGCGGCAGCUGGUGAAACUGUCCAAGCUGGAGGUGCCGCAGGAGAUCAAGGACGUGAUCGAGCCAAUCAAAGACAAUGACGCCGCCAUCUGCAGCUACGGCAUCGAGCUGGCCGUGAACUUGUGCCAGGAGCUGCUGGCCAGCGGCGUGGUGCCAGGCCUCCACUUCUACACCCUCAACCGCAAGAUGGCCACCACCAUGGUGCUGAAGCGCCUGGGCAUGUGGAAUGAGGACCCCAGGCGGCCCCUCCCCUGGGCCAUCAGCGCACAUCCCAAGCGCCGGGAGGAAGAUGUGCGCCCCAUUUUCUGGGCCUCCAGACCAAAGAGCUACAUCUACCGCACCCAGGACUGGAAUGAAUUUCCCAACGGCCGCUGGGGCAAUUCCUCCUCGCCGGCCUUUGGGGAGCUCAAGAACUACUACCUGUUCUACCUGAAAAGCAAGUGUCCCCGGCAGGAGCUGCUGAAGAUGUGGGGCGAGGAGCUGAGCAGCGAGGAGAGCGUCUUCGAGGUCUUUGAGCGCUACCUCUCGGGAGAGCCCAACCAGCAUGGCUACAAGGUGACCUGCCUGCCCUGGAACGACGAGCCCCUGGCGGCCGAGACCAGCCUGAUGAAGGAGCAGCUGCUGCGCGUGAACCGGCUGGGCAUCCUCACCAUCAACUCCCAGCCCAACGUCAACGGGAAGCCAUCCUCCGACCCGAUUGUGGGCUGGGGCCCCAGCGGGGGCUACGUCUUCCAGAAGGCCUACCUGGAGUUCUUCACCUCCCGAGAGACAGCGCAGGCGCUCCUGCAGGUGCUAAAGAAGUACGAGCUGCGGGUCAAUUACCACAUCGUGGACGUGAAGGGUGAGAACAUCACCAACGCCCCUGAGCUGCAGCCCAAUGCCGUCACGUGGGGCAUCUUCCCCGGGCGAGAGAUCAUCCAGCCCACGGUGGUGGAUCCCAUCAGCUUCAUGUUCUGGAAGGACGAGGCCUUCGCCCUGUGGAUCGAGCAGUGGGGCAAGCUGUACGACGAGGAGUCCCCGUCCCGUAUGAUCAUCCGGUACAUCCACGAUAACUACUUCCUGGUCAACCUGGUGGACAACGAGUUCCCGCAGGACAACUGCCUGUGGCAGGUGGUGGAGGACGCGUUUGAGCUGCUCAGCAGGCCUGCUGGGCGCUCAAGGGAGGUGGAGGCACCAUGACCUGCAUCCACCCAUCCCCGUCCUGGUUCUCCCAUGUACCCCCAAGCCUGCCCCCCGCCGCCCACAGAAGAAUGGCAGCUGCACUGGUGUGGGGUCACCAAGCUCUGGUUGGACCCCCGAGGGAGCCUGGUGCUCCUGCUGUAGCAGGAUUUCGUGCUCUGUCAGUGAAGGACCCCUCCGUGCUGUAGGGGACCACAGUAGCUGGCCAUCACCCUCCCUGGGUGGCACUGGUUUUGCAACUGAGCCUCUGGAAGCCAGCCUGGGGGCCCCUGCAGGACGGGCAAGUAGUGGGUAACAGGAUCCUGUGAGGUUGGAGAAGAGUGAAAUGUCACCUUCUGGGAGCUGGCGACGGCCCCAGGACCAGAGACGGUUGGUGCAAACCACCACCCUGCCUCCUGCUCAGCUGGCCACAGCACCAGGACCCGGGAUGGACUUUGGCCUGACGGGGCACCUUCUACCCCAGACCUCAGCCUGAUGUGCCCCCUUCUCCAGCGCUGCUCUUCAAAACAGCUGCGCCCGUGUACUGCUGGCUUGGAGAGACCAAGUGCCCCGUAAGGGCUAAGGUAGUCCCAACCCUUGUGCUUGUGGGACCCUGACCCUUGGCCUUCUUCUAUCCCAGUAACUGUCAGGCACAGAUGAGGUUCGACUGAGCGGGGCCCAGCUCUGCCCAGAGCAGUGCCCAGCCCUUGUUGCUGGCUUAUUUUUAGGCAGAUGCUCCUCUUGCCAGCCAAGGCCUGGCACCCUCCCCCAGGAGUCAGCCCGAGGCCACACUGCCCAGGGAGGUGUGACCAGCAGGUGCACAUGGCUGCUGUUCCGGAAGCCAGCCUGCUGGCUCGGCUGGCCCAGCAGGAAGGAGAGCUGCACCAGUGGGGUCCCUGUGGCUGUGGUGCAGGGGCCACUUUAGGAGACUGAGCCACAGAAGCAGCGAGGACCAAGGAGGCCUUUAUUGUGUUUCAGCUCCUAGCAAUGUCACUGCAUUCCGUGGACUUGGGGGUCACGUUGCUUCUCUGGGCUCAGUUCUGCUUCUCAGCCAUGGGAACAAGUCACGGCUGCUGCUGGACCCCUGUCCUGCCCAUGUACUCCACAGCCAGGGGCACGGGCAGCAUCCAGCCUGUUCCUGGGGCCCCUGCCUGGUUCCACCUCUCCUUAGGCUCCUGGCUGCCAGGUGCUGGCGCCACCUCUCAAAGGCCUGCAGUUAGGAAGGGUAGGGAAAGGCCGCUGGCCUCAGGAGGCCUCUGGGACCUGUGCUGUGCCUGGGUCUUUCCGUCCCUUUGGGGGCCCCACCCACCUGCUUCCCUGACAGCCCGGCCAAACACGCAGGCUCAGAAUAGAUCUGACUUGUGACCUGGGCAAUCUUGCUCCGAGAGGAGUGGCCACUGCUGAGUUCUUGGGACCCAGUCACUGUGCCACAGGUUGAGUCCGGUUCCCAAGUGACAGUGACAUUGGACUGAGCUGUGGCCACCAGUCAAGUCCAGGGCCCACCCUUCAGGCGCCACAGAAAACAUAGGGGUCUCGGGGUCCCCUGAGCAGUGCUUUGAAGGCCAGCUAGCAACGUGCCCUAGAGCCAUACCUGAGAGAUGACCCAGCUGUCUUCCCGCUUCUGCAGUCGCCUGGCCACGUGCAGCUGCAGGACCCGUCGCCGCCACACCCUCCAGGCCCGGCCCAGGUGCCACUGCCUCAGCUAGGGUGGAGGUGACAAGAGCCCCUGUCACCUGCUUCCCAGCACCCCAACCCUCUGCCUGUCCUGCAGCUAUGUGACAGGGAGGGGGUCAUCCACCGAGCCAUAGGUGAAAGGUGCUGUGUGUAGGGUCAGGAGGAGGCUGGGACAUGUGGCCGUGACAUUUGGGGGCGGUUACCAAGCCCACUCACCAGGCUCUGGGACAGCUGCUCGGCCCCUGGAGCACCUGCCCAGUGCUGCCACGUCGCCCUCAGGCACCUGGCCCGUUGGGAGACCUGAAACCUCCGGAGCAGAAUCUCGAGGUGCCAGCGCUGUAGGUACUUCCUCCUGGUGGCCAAGGACGGCGACCUCAGCAAGGCCAGGGCGAAGGCUGCGCCGGGGCCUGCUCUUGCUCCUCCAGGGCCCUGUGGGACUGAGUCCCGCUGGAGAGGCCUCAGCACAUCCCCUGCCUCCCAGGGUUCACACACAGCUGCCCGUACCCCAGCCUGCUUGAAGGACCCUCGCUUUGGGGGGCUUUGAUCUCAGAGACACAGAGCCUUCCUGGUGCUGUAGGGGCCCAGCUACUGUGUCCUGGCCACAGCUGGAAGCCAGGGCAGAGGUGACACUCCCUGGCGCCUGGAAAAGGGAAUGGGGCAGGAGAGGUUAGCACAUUGCUUCAGGGUGGCAGCUGCUUCUCUGUGCCAGCCAGAGAUGAGGCCACAGGUGGUAGCUGGUGAGAAGCCAUCAGCUCCCCUCCCCCAGGUCCCCAGGACUUAGGCAGCUACUGAGAGUGACAGGGAAGGGCAGGACCUGUAGUCUCCACACAGCUGAGAGAUUAAAAGAGGAGGAAGUGGGAGGGGAAAGGAGUAAAUCCACCAGCCAGGUUUAGCUAGAUUGGGCCUAGAUUGGUUGACUUCCAGGUCCCCAGGGGCUGGACUCCUUACUGCAAGCCCCAGCUGCUUCCCGAGGUAGCCUGUGUCCACUGCAACUGUGCUUUGGCUCAAGCCGAGUGGGUCCUGCGGCCUGUGUCCAGCAGCUGUGUGCCUAAAUGACAGCAAGAAGCCUGGGCACAGAGCUGCUGGGGCACAGCUGUCCUACCCACCCACCAGGAAGAUGCACUUGAUUUGUGCAUACAGCUAGAAGGGUCCACCUCACCUGGAGAACCCCUCAAGAGCCCUGGGCCUCUCUGUGUGUGUCUGUGUCUGUCUGUCUGCAUGUCUGUGGCAGAGAGGAGGGGCUGGAAAGAGGCCCACGUGGUGCCACACCAGCAUCUGUAGGCCGUGGGCCCGUUUCCCCAGCAGUGUGGGAUCCUGGUCUUUGCUGGCAGGAGCGGCGUGAGAGACCAGGAGUCCUGUGUGACGUGUCUGUCGCCCAGCGCCCUGCCUUGCUCUUGACCCACCUGUGAGCUCUGCAAACUCCCAAAUCUUCCCUCCCAAUUCCUCUGAGUGUUUUGUGUUUUUCCUCAGACUCUGAGCUCUGUUCUUCCUGACAUUCUGAUGGUCAGAAACACUGCUCCGCCCACCCCGUCGGUGUGCCCCUCAGUGCCAGGCCCCAGGUGCCUGUAUGGUUUCAUGUUCUGUGUCUGGCUACGGUGGUGGCCUCUUAGCACCAUUUGCCAGUGUCAGAACUAACAGCUUGGGGACUGAGGGGCUGAUGAUUGUUUAUGAGUAGACAAAAUGAUGAAUUUUUCCAGGAGGUACCGGGGAUUGAACUCAUGACCUCAUGCUUGCCAGACAGGUGCUUACUCCACUGAGCCAAAUCCCCAGCCCCAAGGAUGAAUUUUUGUACUUUAGUAUUUUGACUUUUUCUGUAAUGAGCAUAUUUCAUUUUUUAUAAUUAAAAAACAAAAAUGGGA